GGUGAAGGGGCGCGUCCUCUUUGGGACGGCGGCGUUCUCGGAGGGCGGUUUGCCGGCCUUCUUCCCGCUUCGCAACUUGACAACCAUCCGGCGCCAUCAUGGGAUUUGGCGACCUGAAAUCUCCCUCCGGGCUGCAGCUCCUGAACGCCUUCUUAGCCGACAAAAGUUACAUCGAGGGGUACGUUCCAUCACAGGCAGAUGUUGCUGUAUUUGAAGCAGUUGGUUCAUCCCCUCCUCCUGAGUUAUACCAUGCCCUCAGGUGGUACAACCACAUUAAAUCUUACGAGAAACAAAAAGCAAGUCUGCCUGGUGUGAAGAAAGCUUUGGGAAAAUAUGGCCCUGCAGAUGUUGAAGACAGCACAGGCACAGGCGGAGAUAACAAAGAUGAUGAUGACAUUGAUCUUUUUGGUUCUGAUGAAGAUGAGGAAAGUGAAGAAGCAAAAAAGUUAAGGGAGGAACGGCUUGCUCAGUAUGAAUCAAAGAAGGCCAAAAAACCAGCACUGGUUGCCAAGUCAUCCAUUUUAUUAGAUGUGAAACCUUGGGACGAUGAGACAGAUAUGUCCAAAUUGGAGGAGUGUGUCCGAAGCAUUCAAACUGAUGGCUUAGUGUGGGGAUCCUCCAAACUAGUUCCAGUUGGUUAUGGAAUAAAGAAACUUCAAAUUCAGUGUGUAGUUGAAGAUGACAAAGUUGGAACUGAUAUGUUGGAAGAGAAGAUCACUGCAUUCGAAGAUUAUGUACAAUCAAUGGAUGUGGCAGCUUUCAACAAAAUUUAAGUUGUGGUAGCUUCUGGAAUAAAACUAUUGCAGCAGAAAUGUGA